UCCGCCGUUUCUGUCCGCUAUUCAACCUCUACUCUGUCACAUGUGAUCAACUUUUUUAAAAUAGUGCAGUGCCAGUUCCAUAAAUUGGAUUCGAACAUUUUUUUUUAAUAUUUUUUAGUGGCGAUUUCAUAAUGGGCUUCCAUGUGUUUUCAGUCAGACACCGACACUAGACCUAUCAAGGGUCGUUCAAUCCGCAGGAUGUUCUCCUUAUGCCGCCGCUAUAAAGAUGAGCACGAACAUGGCGGAACACAAAUCAAGGGAGGUUACAUGCUUCGAUACAAACGUAAAUACCUGUGGAACUCAUGGUCUGAAGAGUGGGUGGUGCUUUACGAUGACUCGACGAUGGCAUGGUUCAAGGACGCCUCCGGCAAAUACCUGGCGACUCAGAAGUACCUGGUGAAGGAGAGCCCGGAGAUGCUGGCAAUCGCCAACUGGACGGGGCAAGUGCCCCGUAGGCCCACACUGCCCCCCGGCGCCCGGCUAUCCCAGCUCAUGGCGCUGGGGUCCCGCAGGGAUCCGGGACACGUCGUCUGGAUGCUGGCCAAGUCUGAUGCUGAGAUGAAACACGUAACAAUUAGCUACGAACAACUCGGUCUACGAGAGAAAAUUACAACGUGUGUUUCAUUUUUCUUUUUUGCCGCUCGAAGGGAAUGGAUGCAAGCAAUUUCAAAAACGUUACCGCCGCCGCCUCACAUUGAGCUGGUGAUGUCGAUGCCGUAUCUCCGCACCGCGUUCAAAAGACCAACCGUGAGAGUGAGACCGACGUCCUCGGAGAUGUACUCGAGAAGCAGCAGACAAGCAGUGGGCGCGCUGGACGGGCGCGGAUUGGUCGCCGUCAUCAAACGGCAAGUACCGCUGGCGGGGCAGCUGGGGCACGAGCUCGCGUGGGGACAAGGCUGGGGAUGGGUGACUCUGCCCAACGGCGUGUGGAGUGGACGUCUAACCUGGUCUCAAGAAGGCGAUGACUUUGCCCUACACGCGAUGCCUAUCAUGCACCACACCAACGUAUCUCAAGCCUGUUCCAUGCUAGAUGGAGUCACAGCCUACGAGGCAUCAGCGUAUGACCAGGCGUUAGCUGAAUACGAUGACGCAGCGGGUACAUCAGACGACUGGGACUUUGGUGUAGACUGUGGCGACUUCAUGAUGUAAACGAUUUUGAUAGUGCUGAUUUUGAAGUAACUAAUUAAAUUUAAUACCGUGAAAAAAACAUUUAGAUAAUGCUCAAUAUAUAUAUUAAAAACGAACUCAAAAACAGUUGUAUUUUUCUUUUUGAGUGUGUUAUUACUAACACUAGUGUCAGAUUUUAUUCAGUCGAAGUGAAGGCAUUUGACAUGACUUUCACGACACGACUACCUACCGACAUCUAGUGGCAAGUAGUCGCAUACACAACACACAUAACAGUCGUACGAAUAGAGGUGUAGGUAAUAACAUCAAGUACGUAUAGAUAACUUGUACCUUGUAAGGUACAACUGAACGUUAACCCGGCAAUUAAUUGUUUCAUUCGGAAAUGGAAUUUGCGAUCACAAUAUAUGGCACUUUUUAGUAUUUUAUUGUGUAUUUUUAGUAAUUUUGUGGUGUUUUGAAAUAAAGAGCUUAUGAGAAUACUUUAUAAUCAGCACUAAUACUAUAUUGAAUCAUUCAAUCACAUUGAUUCGAAGAGUUCAUAGAUUUGAUUCUACUUAUCAAUCAUAAUUGUUGAGUAAACAUCUCAAAUAGACAAAUCUUUCGACCUUUAAGUAUAUAGAAGUUUGAAAACCAAUCGUUUUGAUUGUGUAGUCUCCAAACACUUUCAUGAAUAUAGGUUUCAGGAAUCUAUUUGAAUCAUUCAACAUUAAAACUUGAUUAAUAAUAAUUAUUUUUCGUAUAUAUAAACUUGUUUCGAACUAUUGAUAAGUAGAAUCUCUUCAUACAUUUUCACAUCAAUCGCAUACGGACGGUUUGCUCAAUGUUAGAGGAGAAAAUGUGCGCCAAGAUUGGCAAUUUAACUGAUGUGCCAACAACAAAAACCUUCUACAAACGUUGAAAAUAUCUUAUGAAUUUUGUACUUGGCAGCGUAACUGUCUAUAUUGUAACACUGUUUGAAUUCACCAUGAACAAAUGAUCUUUCUGACGAUUGGCAAGACAUUACCGAUAAGACUUACUUAAAGUCAGCUUCCCGUGAAAAUAACUUUUAACAUAGUGAUACAAUAUAGGUGAUACAAGUAAUUGUUAUCGAUAAAGUCAUGCCACACAUGGAACAGUAUAAAAUUUAAAUCCAAACUUGGGAUCCACAACCCUUUCCGCUUCUCGAUUUCCAGGUGUACGUACGUCUCGGAUAAUUAAUUCCAGGUAUAAUACAUCCUUAUAAUUAUACACCGACAGAUACCCAGAAAUCGGGAAGUGUAUAGGCCUUAGUUGCAUGCUAUAGACGUAUUUGUAUUUGUAGAAAAAGAUGUGUGUAGCCAUGACUAUAUUUACACGUACGGCCUAUCAGAAACCUAUAUUUAGACAUAGAUCUCACUUUCUUAAUGUUAUCUUUUGUAUCCUUUGUAAAAUUUAUAAUUUUGUACACAAUAUAUCCGAUCGUAAUAAAAUCGCACUUAAACGUGUGAAAGCGUUGAUAUUAUUACAAUGUUGGAAAGCCUUGUUUGUUCCAUCUACAUGAAACAUUUUGAGGAAUAUUAAUUUGUUGUCUUUGGAGACUUAUAAAUUAAGUUUUCGAGAGAUUUACGCGAUGUUUCCAGGGUAAUUCAGCUUAUAUUCCCAUUUCACAUUGAGUACAGUCAAACACGUGAGUAACCGGGCUGCACAAAUAUAUUUUUAUUUAGCGUUGUAAUAUUAUGUAAGUAGUGUAUUUUUAAAUACAUAUUUUCUUAAAAUUAUAAUGGUAAUAGAAAAGUGGCAAUUGAUUUACACCCCCCAUAACUGCACAUCGAUAAAAAAAAGAAACUAAAAAUGCAUCGCAGAUAUUGGGACACCAAUUAAUUAUGUAUUUGACUGUACAUCAAAAUUUUGAUUUAAUUUUAAUAGUGUUUAAGUAAAAUGCGCUUGUCCCCAAUGACACCAAUUAUGAUGGAAAAAUAAUUAUAGUUAAUCGUAUAUGUGGAUGAUUCGUGUAUUAGAUGUAAGCAUCGGUGUUAGAAUGUAGUGGAUGUGGUCGGUAGAACCUGGUUGCCUGAUGAUCCAUGGUGAAUCCCUUAUUAUACGACCUUUUAAAAAUAAAACUGAUCUGUCACGGAAAAAAAUAAAAAAUAUUUGCAAAAUAACAUGAGUACUUUAUAUACAAAUUGAGUGUUAAAAGAAAUGCAGAAAAGCUGUUCUUUAUUAUAAGUAAAAGACAAACGCUGAGUUACUUGAGACUGGUUAAAUGUUUUGUUGAUGUUGAUGUUAGAAACUACAUAAAUUUGAAAAAAAAUAUAUUGGUGCGUUCAAUAAAUGUGAAAAUCAAGUAUUUUUUUAUUCAGAUAACUACGAAAAUUUGACUAAUGUAGGUAGAGAGGCGAGUCAAGACUCCAUUGUUGUAAUUGUUCGAUAUUCAGAAUUCGAAAACUAGAAGUAUUGUUUUUGAAAGGUCGUUUAUCCUAAACCUAACCAACAUUUUGGCGUUAUAUAUUUAGAAGUGUAUUUGUAAAUUCAAUCUAAUGAAAUUAUAUCUAGUUGCUAUGAAUCUUCCGACCUACCCAAAGACUGCCUAUAAAGUUAUUAUAGCUGAGCCUUCAGUGUAAGUGAAAAUAUCACUAUUUAUUACAAACACUUAUAACCCACUAUCUGAACCUCACUGGAUAGAUAGAACCUCGAUAAUAUUCCAGCAAAAGUUUCAAAAUAUAAUCAGUAUCUUCGCGAAUCAAAGAGAACUGAUCAAAAAUUAAAUACAUACAUUAAUAUUACAUUUAAAGUACAUAAUUUCCAAUAUUAUUUCAUAAACUUAUUACAUAACUUUAUUUGUUUUAUCAAUAUAAAAUAUUAUAUUGAUAAAAUAAACUAUAUUCAACUUGGCGGACAUUUCACAACGACAUAUGAUAACUACUGUUCACUGUCUUGUCUACCUCUAUAAAACUUGCACUUAAAGCUCUAAAUACCUGUGUUGUGUGUACCCUAGGCAAGGUUAAAUUAUGCGUCCCUGUCCCGCGAGUAAAGCUACAUUGCAAGGAAUUUCGAAAAAGUGCUAACGAACGGCAUUAUUAAUUUUAGAAAUAUUUUGAAAAAACAAUGUUUAUAAUUACCUAAGUGCUCCAAACAUGAAUGACUGCACUUAGUUGUAGUUAAUUAAUUAUGCAAAAAAUGUAGCCUUAUUUAUGAGAGAAACUGUAAUAAAAAUCGUGAACUUUGCUUGAGACACUGCCGAGCGUCUAGAUUUCAUAUAAAAACAUAAUUUAUGUAACUUAACUAUUGUAAGUAGUUUACGAAUUAUAAAGGAACUGAAAAAAAUAUCUGAAUGAAACUUGCAAUGUAGCAUAUAUGUCGUAGUAAAGUAAAUAUUUAUGAUAUUAAAGUAAUUACUGAAGUCUUUAAUAAUUAGUGAGCGCGAUAGUACUUUUAUUGGAGAAAGAAGAACGGUUUUGGUGAACUUUGUAUGCUAUUUGCUUUAUUUUUUUGAUGAAAGAAUUUUGUAUGUACCAAAUUUGGUAACUGCCUAAUUAGGUAAUUUUAUUUUAUUGUACAAUAUGAAUUUAUAGCUAUAAUUCAUUGACUAUUUAUACUUGGUUGUUUCAAGAAUUGAAUUGGCCACAUUUUCCUGUCCAUAUAUUUUCCUGUCCCUAGAAUGAUCGUACUAAUUGCAAAGAAGUCUUUAAAAAAAACUUCAAGAUUAAAGGAUAAUCUCCUCUUUAAUACAUGCAGAAGGUAAACACACGCGUAACAAAUAAAUGUUGUGCCGAAUAAAAGGCCCGUUUAUUGAAGUCUAUGGAAAACAGUGGCUCUUUCUCUUCUUCAAAACGGCCAAGAAUCAAAGCUCGCACAAAAUCAAAAGCUACAUAAAAUUAUUUAUUAAUUUAUAUUGUAUAUGAAAACUUAUUGUGUGUAACACAAAAAGAUAUAUACAUAUUUCUAUGCUGGUCAUUGAAAAAAAAAAAUGUUAUAUACACGUAUAAAUUCUAAUAUAAUUUGAACUUUAAACAAAUAAUUUAUAUUUAAUAAUAGGCAGCAAACGUUGGACGCUGGAUUCGUCGAGAUGACAUAUUUUUGUAAGGCACGUCUGUGUUAAUUUAGGUCGUAGGCACUGGUGAAUGUGCUAUCUACCCGUCUUCUCACUAUAUUUUCCAACAGAGGGAUAAGAACAGGCAAAAGCCUUGUUUAUUCAAAUAAGUAAUGUAUUACAACUUACUAAGUAUCGUGUUUUCUUCUUAUAUUUGGGCGUAUGUCGUCAUUACAAAUUGCGUAUAUGUUCUCCUGUCAGUAAGAGCGAACUUUUUGGAUAUCAAAAACAUUCACCAAUGUAUACUUACCCCUAGAAAGUCAAAUAUUUAUUGACAUAAGAAUGAAAUUGAUACUUUCGUGGAAGCUUCUUUGUUGAACUAUGAGUAUUUUGCAAAUACCCGCGCAGUAUCAGUGUUUGCCGGAAGCGGAUGGAUUUAUUUAUUUCAUCCUUCCUCAUUAUUUACUAGCUUCAACCCGUGGCCUCGUUCCCAUGGGAAUAUCGGAAUAAAAAAAACCAUAAGUCACUCAGGAAUAAUGGUGAAAGAAUUUUGGAAAUCUGAUAAGUAGUUCCGUAGAUUAUCCCCUAUGCAAACUUACAAAAGCUACCCUUUUUGGUGCAUAUAAUACUGGAAUAAGUGGCUAAUUUUUUUACUAAAAAAUUCUGAACCAUUGAAGAAUAUACUUAAAUUUUGAUGCAGACCUCUUGUCACAUAAAUUAUGAUGUAAAACUUAUGGAUUUACUAAGUACUUCGUACAAUUAAGUCCAUGGUAAAACUGCGUGGGUAUUUAUAUUACAAUCACUGGUAUUGCAUGAAAAUUAUUAAUGACGUUAACAAUUAUGUUUGCACACGUUAUAUGUAAGUACAUGAGUGAGGUUAUAUGUAAAACAGUCUUUAUGAAAAAUUUAAAUUUAUAUAAAGUAAAGAAAAAUUUCCAUAUGGCAUACUUAUUUCUGUUUUUUUUAAAUUCACAAUACCAGUGACGUCAAUCGAUAGUCAAUCGUACAGUAGCUAUAGUCGAUGAAUCGGACAAAAUAGUCGAGUAGGCGUGCGUAGCUAGUUGGCGAGUGUACGUAUCGAUUCGAUAGCGACGUUCAUUACCGAUUAUGAAUGUUUGUAUGUAAUUUUUUUAAAUAA